ACGUAAAUAAAAUUGUAUCGACACCUGUCAGCGUUAUCGUCACUUCUCGCAUCAGAUGAAUCACAACGUCAGUCGAGAAAGUUUGUAAAGGAAUUUCCUUCCUGGUAGUUUUGUAAUUUCACAAGUUCUUUAGUAUUUUCUGCCAACCAAAACAAACGGCACAAUGUCGGGCAUGCCGGAUCAACAAUUUCUGUGGAACAUUUUCCAGAAGGUGGACCGCGACCGAAGUGGAUACAUUUCGGCUGACGAGCUCCAGCAAGCACUGUCCAACGGGACGUGGAAUCCCUUCAACCCGGAAACGGUCCGGCUAAUGAUAGGGAUGUUUGACCGGCAGAAUCGGGGCAGCGUCAGUUUUCAGGACUUUGGGGCACUCUGGAAGUAUGUCACCGAUUGGCAGAAUUGUUUCCGCUCGUUCGACACGGACGGUUCGGGAAAUAUCGACAAAAAUGAGUUGAAACAGGCUCUGACGGCUUUCGGGUAUCGCCUCUCGGAUGGAAUUUACGAUACGCUGAUCAGGAAGUUUGAUCGAUACGGAAAUGGAACGAUUCUCUUCGACGAUUUCAUUCAAUGCUGCGUAAUUUUGCACACACUGACGGCGGCUUUUCGGCAGUACGACACGGAUCAGGAUGGGGUGAUAACGAUUCACUACGAGCAGUUCCUCAACAUGGUGUUUAGCUUGAAAAUUUGAUUGGGUAAAAUCUAAAAUUCCUUUCCUAUUGAUUGCGGCACUAUCGAAGUACCACUAGUGAGUAAGCUGAACAAUUUGCAGAGCAUAAAUUUAACUAAGAUUUUUACAUCUUUGUCGAUUGUUAUCUCAGCUAGUAAACCCUGUGAAUGUGAGUGUUUAAUCUUAAUUGGAUCAGUAAACUUAAAAUCUGUAUUGGCCCUCAAAACGAUUAAUAAAAAUUCAAGUUUGCAUACUCCAUCAGAUAAAAUUUAACUACCGUAAAAUAGACAAAUCGACGGGACACAUGAGCGCACUAUGAUCGAUGAAUUAAACGAAACAGUUGUACUUGUUACCCCCUUCUAUACUUAGAGCCUACCUUGCAUUCUAUUGUGAUAAGAUGUCGCACUCAUUUAGAUAACUGAUAACACAUUUUUGCUGUUUCAAAUUGGCUGCUGAGGAAAAUAGCAUAUGCUUGGAAAAACCCCUUUGAGCGUUAUGUCUGUUUGUCUGUGUAGAAUGGUGGACAAUUAUCACACUAUUGCGUGUAAAAACGUACAAUCAAAAUAAACAGUUGCCAAACUAUGACUACAAGUCUUAAUGGAUCAAGUUAUAUAUUCUACAACGCAAGUAAUUGUACCGAGAAAUAAAGAUUUUUUUACUAUAA